AUGGCUAAGGAACAAGACCAACUUCGCUGGUCAUCGCAGUUUACUGUCACCCCAUCUCAAGAUACGCCGAAACUACCUGGAGAUAAGAUCAUUCUUCCACAAUCAGCACUCGAACAACUUCUCUCCGCCGCCCCGCUUCAGGAGGUGUCAUCGCGGCAACCUUUGCGCCAGCAUACCAACUCAUUUGACCCAUUUAACCCCCAUACUUUUGCGGCUGAGGCUCAAGCACGCGAGCACGGUAUUCACAGACAGCAGCAACUACCACAUCCCUUGACCUUUCGUCUUGUCAACCCCCAAAAUGAGCGUGUGAUGUACGCUGGGAUUCGCGAGUUCUCUGCGCGAGAAAGCGAAAUCGCUCUUAGUACUUUUUUGAGAGAAGCCCUCGACAUAAACGACUUGGAGAAAGACUUUGAGGCCACCAUUACGGUGCAUGCCAAGCAACUGCCCAAGGGCACUUAUGUUCGCCUGCGCCCGCUAGAGGCCGGUUACGACACGGAGGACUGGAAGGCUCUGCUAGAGCGUCAUUUACGCGACAAUUACACUACACUCACAACUCGGGAAGUUCUGACCGUUUCGGGAGUGCAGGAAGGGUCGUUCAGAUUUCUGGUCGACAAGGUGGAGCCAGAGGGCGAAGGCAUCUGUGUUGUAGAUACUGAUUUGGAGGUUGAUAUUGUUGCUUUGAAUGAGGAACAAGCCCGCGAAACACUACAGAGGCGGCUGGAGAAAGCUUCGCGCGGGCCUGGAACUACAGGAGGCACGUCCGCUGGCGGAGUGCUCGAGCUGGGAUCAGAAGUGACUGGCCAGGUGCUUCCUGGCGAGUACGCGGAUUAUGAGCUCCGAAAAUGGGUGGAUGGAAACAGCAUAGAGAUCAACCUUGAGGGAGCAGAUGUUGUGGAUGUUUUCUUGCUCGUGAGCCCUCUUUCUGCUCGCCAAAGGAACCGGCCGCGAUUGGACGAGUUUGUCUUUGGUGAGCUUUCGAGCCAGACACAGAAACAGAUCAGCAUUGCGCCAACGAAUGUGGAAUUGGAUGACGCCGAGGCGUUCCCUGUCGCCAUUGCCUUAUCGCCUGCGCCUUGUAUCUGGGACCUCAGCUGUCAACAUGUAAAAAUUGCGAGCGUUGGGUUUCUCGAGGAACAUUUGUACUGCACGAGAACUUCUGCUAUCGAAACAACAUACGAUGCGCCAAAUGCAACAAUGUUUAUCAGAAGCGAUCCCUUGAGUGGGAAAAUCAUUGGCACUGUCCACAUGACGCUUCAUUCGGAAAUGACCUGGCUAGCCAGCGUAAACAUGUUUCAAUAUUUCACACCAAGCAAUCAUGUCGCGCCUGCGGGUUCGAAGCAGAUGGGAUCCAGCAUCUUGCUCAACAUCGGACCAGGCGAAACAGACCCAGAUAUGCAUGAUCCGGAGGUGCUGCUCUCCGGCCUCACACCGCAUGAGCUAGUAGAUGGUGGAAGAACUACCGAAUGUCAUCUUUGCAACAAGAUCGUUCGACUGCGCGACAUGAAAACACACCUCCGCCACCACGAUCUCAAACGCCUCUCCCGGCCCACCCCUCAAAUCUGCCUAAACCAGAAUUGUGGGCGUACACUCGACGGACGCGGGGUACAGAGCACAAUUAGGCCGGGGUCCAACACUCUAGGUCUCUGCAACAUAUGCUUUGGGCCCUUCUACGUCGACACAUAUGACCCAGAUAGCAAGGUGCUGAGGCGACGAAUAGAGCGCCGCUACCUCACCCAGCUGAUGAAAGGGUGCGGAAAAGCGUGGUGCCAAAAUGAGUUCUGCAAGACUGGAAAGGCAAACCGACCCCAAUCCCCCGAGCGAUCGGCUUCAAUGACCGCAGCUACUACUAUCUUAGACCAUGUCCGACCUCUAGUUGACGCCGUCGAUCUACAAGGAAAGGGACCACACACCUCGCCGUUCUACUUCUGCACAGAUCAAGCAGGCCAGCAACGGCGGGGGCUUGCGGAAAUGCUUGCGGUUGAAGAAGACGGGACGGCUGGUAAGAAAACGUACGAUCUACCCUGGUGCGUUGCUGCGCUUGAAGCCGCGGGAGGCGAGCUUGAUAAAGCGCGCGAGUGGUUGGAAAAUUGCGCUCCUGCUCGCGGAGAGGCUGUUGGAGUAAUUUAA